ACGCAUGCGCAACAGACGUGACCAGAGGAAACAGCCGGGGAGUAGUCAAACAGACUGGAGCGACCAGAAAGGAGGAGGAAAACGCCGACAAAGACACACAGCCCGGAGUCGGUUGGAGUUUCUCCUCCACGGGACCAGUAUGCUCGUCUCUGUGCCGUGGCUUGCUCUCAGGUGUCCGCUUCCCGGUCGAUGAAUGGCGCUGGUUACCGUGCAGCGUUCACCGACCCCCAGCACCAGCUCCAGCCCCUGUGUUUCGGAGUCUGGCAGUGGGGAGGAUGACCGUCGUUCACAGCCAAGAAGCAUCAGUGAAAGUUUCCUGACAGUCAAAGGAGCUGCUCUCUUCUUACCUCGAGGAAAUGGCUCCUCUCCUUCAGCAGGCUCACGCUUUACACAACUCCGCAGCAAACAUGCAGGAGACAUUCAGCAGCAUCUUCAAACUAUGUUUACCCUCCUCAGACCAGAGGACAACAUCAAACUGGCUGUCAGGUUGGAGAGUGUGCACCAUCAGAUCACUCGGUACAUGGUUGUUGUGUCCACAAACGGACGCCAGGACACAGAGGAGAGUGUUGUGCUAGGGAUGGACUUCAGCCCCAUCGACAGCUCAUGCUCUGUAGGAAUGGUGUUGCCUUUGUGGAGUGACACAUUGAUUCAUCUGGAUGGAGAUGGUGGUUUCAGUGUCUCGACUGAUAACAAAAUCCACGUCUUCAAACCUGUGUCAGUGCAGGCGAUGUGGUCCGCUCUGCAAUCCCUCCACAAAGCCUGUGAGGUGGCCCGCUGCCACAAUUACUUCCCGGGCAGCCUGUUUCUCACAUGGGUCAGCUAUUACCAGAGCCGGGUGUCCUCUGAUCAGGCGCGCAUCAAUGAGUGGAACGCCAUGCAGGACGUCGAGUCUCACCGUGCCGAUUCGCCUGUCCUCUUCUCAGAUGUACCAACUGAACGAGAGCGGACAGAACGACAAAUUAAGACCAGUUUGAGGGAAAUCAUGAUGCAAAAGGAUCUGGAAAAUGUCACCAGCAAAGAGAUCCGAACAGAACUGGAAAUGAGCAUGACAUGCAACCUCCGUGAGUUUAAGGAGUUCAUCGACAAUGAGAUGAUUAUAAUCCUGAGACAAAUGGACAGUCCAACAGAAAUAUUUGACCAUGUUUUCUUGGGAUCAGAGUGGAAUGCAUCCAAUUUGGAGGAGUUGCAGAACAGUGGAGUUCAGUACAUCCUGAAUGUAACAAGAGAGAUUGACAACUUCUUCCCCGGCUUGUUUGAAUACCACAACAUCCGUGUUUAUGAUGAGGAGGCCACUGACCUUCUGGCUUAUUGGAAUGACACAUACAAGUUUAUCGCAAGGGCCAAGAAAGCUGGCUCCAAAUGUCUGGUGCACUGUAAAAUGGGGAUAAGUCGCUCUGCUGCCACCGUGAUCGCAUAUGCCAUGAAAGAGUACGGCUGGGACCUGAGCAAGGCUUUUGAUUAUGUCAAAGAGCGACGAACUGUGACCAAACCCAAUCCUUCGUUCAUGAGGCAGCUAGAGGAGUAUCAGGGCAUUCUCGUGGCCAGCAAACAAAGGCACAACAAACUUUGGCGUUCUCACUCCGACAGUGACCUCUCUGAGCACCAUGAACCUUUAGCCAAGUCUUUAGCUCAGCCCAACAGCCUGGGUCGCUCUGACCCCCAUAACCAGACCCCCUCCUCCGGGCCGUCCGUCAAAGAGCUGCUGGAGUCUCUGGGAGCUCCACCCAACACUGUUAAACCUUCCUCCAGCCAGAAAGACCCCAAGUCCAAGCAGAGCUCCUCCUCUGCUGAAGGACUCCCCACUUUAUCAACGCAAUGCCUCCAAGUCCAGUCUCAGGCAUCCCAAAUGAGGCAGUCCUCCCCCUGCACCUCUCCAUGUCCCCUAUCUCCUCCCCUGUCCAAUGGCAUAUGUGGUGGUGAUGAGUGCCCGUCAUCGCCUCCUCUGUCCCAGCCUAGAGCGGCCACAGUCAUGCCCCCCUCCACAGGUGUAUCCAUGGUAGCUCAGUGUGUCCCUUUAGGCCAACCUCAGCCCCCUCCCCUGCUGCACAACUUGCCGCCCUCUCCCGCCCCGUCCCCCACCCUGCUCUGUGAAGAAGAGUUGGUCAAGGGGCAGGUGGUGUUGUGUCCCAUGGUCAAACCGUUGCCAGUGUCAGUGCCUCAGCCUUUCGCCAUUCGAACCCCCACCUCACAACUAGGACCCAACUGUGUGUCCGCGGCAGUGCCUGUCGAAAACACAGACUGUGAGCAACACUUGUGUGCGUUGUCUUUGGCGGCACACUCACCCCCCUCCAGUUUUAUCAGUUUCCCCAGUGCCAUUCCUCAGGACAACGAAGCGUUGUUCGUCCACAGUGGCGAUCACAUCAACUUCUUCAGUGCCAGAGAAAAGUUCAAGGGCAUGACUAAAGAUGGCAAGACUGCUGUGAAAAAAGAGGAACUGUCUGUGCCUCCGGAUGUCGCAAGUAAUGAAGACAAAGAUGAAGUUAAGAAAAAGGAAAUGACUGUUCCUGUGCAGGCCACAGGACCAAAAUCUGACCUGGAUGUGAGCAGGUUGAAGCAUGAAGAUAUUUUAUCUCAAGAGGAAGCAGGUAAUCCAAAAGAGGAAGUGAAACACAAAGAGGAGGAGGAGGCUGCCCCGCAGCUCUACAGUGACUGGACAAGAGGGUCUGUUAGGCGUGUUACACGGCAGCUCGAGCAGCGAAUGAGACAGGAGCAAGAGGUGCCCUCCCCCUCCUCCUCCCCUCCCUCUCUUUCUGGAGGCUGGACCCAGCGGCGCAUGGCCAGUGUCCCAUCUGUGAUGGGGUCAAGUGCGCAGGACACCUCUCUCUGUCCUGAGGUGACAGUGGUCAGCCCAGUGCAGGAGGAGCAGGAGGAGCAGGAUGAGGAGGACACUGAGAUGCACAGACUGGGUCAAAACGAUAAAAGCACAAAAGGAGCCAAGGUCCUGCCUGCUGAGAGGUCUCUGUCUACCUCCAGUCACUACACUGCCCAUUCACCCUUCUCCUCCGUGAACUUCCUGUGUCUGGAAGGCGUCACUGAGUUUGAGUCAGCCACAGACUGGGACUGUCCCGCUCUAGGAGGGGACAUUAUAAUGAGGGAGACGUGGGAGACGCUUUGUGAGCUUGGGGCCUUUCUGCAGCAGGUGAGUGUGGGAGAGGCUUGUAAAGUACGACAAGCAGCUCAGGCUCGAAGCAGCAGCAUCCAGAGGAGAGUCAGAGAGGUGGAGGCCAGGAUACGACAGGCGGGACUGACCCCUCCCUCUCUCAUGAAGCGCUCUGCCUCUUUGGCCAAGCUGGGCUGUCUGGAGCUACUGGCCAAUGAACUGAGUGAAUGGGAGCUGACCCGCUCCUGUGUGGCCCCUUCCUCCUGCACAGAGCCCACUGGCCACACAGUGGUCAGUGAUGAAUCCAAAAAACAGCGCGUUCACCACUCGCCCUCCUUAUUCAGCCAGCACACUCCACCCCUUGAGACACGUGACACCCCUCCUGAAUCUUCCCCCUCCACUAGCCUACCUGUGCCCUCUGAACAGGACACUCCAGGACCAAACCUCACCACAGCAAGGCAGCAGUACGGACGGACUCACCCCCUACGAAGGCUCAAAAAACGAACUGGCACCCUUUACCACACCAUGUAAAACCUCUAUGUCAAAAUGUCUAUGUGAGAGAAUGGAGUGCAAAGUCACUGCAAAAUAAUAAUAUCUACAUGAGUUAAACUACUGGAAUUCAAAAUAUUGAAUUUGUUUGAGUAGUUUAGGGGGAAGUAGAGUAAAGAAAAUUGCACAUGGAAGUUUUUAUUCAGAAAUUAUAUAUAUAUAUAUAUA